AUGAAAAAAAUACUAUAUCUGGAUAUGGAUAAUGUACUCGUUGAUUUUGAAUCUGGGAUAGCUCGAGUAGGUGAGUCAAUCAAAGCUGAAUACAUGGGUAGGCUAGAUGAAGUGCCCGGCAUAUUUUCCCUGAUGGACUCGAUGCCCGGUGCAAUUGCAGCAUUCCAUGAACUCUCAGGCUUGUUUGAUACCUAUAUUCUCUCGACCGCACCGUGGGAAAAUCCAAGCGCGUGGAGUGACAAAUUGCUCUGGGUGAAGCGACAUAUAGGUGAUUCAGCUCACAAACGCCUGAUCCUUUCUCACCAUAAGCAUUUGAAUGAGGGCGCGUACUUGGUCGACGAUAGAACGAAAAACGGAGCGGCUUCGUUUGGUGGCGAGCAUAUUCACUUUGGCACUGACCGGUUUCCCGGUUGGGACGCCGUAACGAAUUACUUGAGGAAGAACGCAGCGUAA